UCACUGAGGGGGCCUCCUACAAAGGGCUGUUGCGCGGUCGGGGAGCAGCGUCGUUAGCAUAGCAACAUCAUGGCGGCGUCCGUACGAUCGCAGGUGAUUUCUUUGUACAGAAUGAUGCUGACGGAGAGCAAGAAGUUUCCCUCGUACAACUACAGAACUUAUGCACUGCGGCGGGUGCGUGAUGCCUUCAGGGCCAACGGGACAUUGGAGGAUCCGAGAGCUGUGGAGAGACUGGUGGUGGAGGGACAGCAGACACUGGCUUUGAUAAAGAGACAGGUGUCCAUCGGGACGAUGUAUGCGACCCAGAAGAGCGUCGUGGACGACUGACGCCGGCAAACACAAGUGCAUUGUGGGAAAUGGCAGAUUUUUUUGUUGUUGCACCAAUCCAUUUCUGAUUAUUGAUCGAUACAUAAAUAUAUAGAUCUAUUGAUGUAGUUCUAAUAACUAAUGGCUCAGAUAUUUUACAAGUUACAGUAAUGAUCAGAACGUAUUGAUCCAUGCAUCUCAGAUUUCUGUCUUUUUAACAAGUCGUCUGUAAUGAUCUGAAAUAUAAAAACUGAUAUUCACCCGUG